AAUUCUUAAAAAACAAAAAUUUGUUGUUUGAGUAAUCUGUUAGUGUGUGUUUUUAAUAAAAUGGUUGUGCAAGUGUAUAUUACUGGAGUUUCUUGUAAUACCGAGGUUAAAUCACGACAGCAAAGAGUACUGUCUAUUUUGGAUUCCAAAUCUAUCAAAUAUGAAAUCGUGGAUAUUACAGGCGAAGAUGGUGAAAAACCAAAAGCGUAUAUGCAGUUAAAUGCCACGUCUCUGGGAGGAACUCUAAAUGAUCCUGUUCCGAAACAUCCACUACCCCCCCAGUUAUUUAAUGAUGGCAUUUAUUGUGGGGAUUACGAUAUGUUUGACGAAGCAAACGAGUUGGGAGAAUUAAAAUCAUUCCUGAAAAUCGAAGAAUUCAAAACUGAAGAGAGCAGUGACGUUAUUGCACCUGAAGAUGUAAUAUUAGUUUCCAACAAAGAAAUAGAACUGAUAGAGUAGCUAAUAUUCUUUAAGAAGUAUUGUACUGAUUUUUUUAUAUAUGACAAAAAGUUUAUUUCGACCCUAAAGAUAUUUUAAAAUGUGAUACUUUGCAUUGACUUUUGUAUUAAUAAGUAAAAAUUUGAAUAAAACUAUAUAAAGU